AUGGGCAAGGGCGGAGCAGGCAAAGGCGCAGCUCCAAAGCGGUGGCCAAGAGUUCUUACUUCUGCUGACGCAGCCCCAAAACAGAAGGAUCCAGCCACUUCCCUGCCAGUGGACCGGAGAGAGGAGCCCUUUCUCCUGAAGCAAGCUAUUUUGGAGGCAUCAACCUGGAGUGCCGCUAUCCAACCUGCCAGCCCAAGGGGGCAAACUCCGACAGCAAUUCUGCAAGCCAUUUUCUCCGAUGAGGAGAUAGCUCAGUCUAUAUCCAGCCUGACACCCAAAGCUGCAGCUGUCGAUCAUGGGCCAUCAGGGGAAAUCGAUGUCCAGGUGCUCCGUAUGUCAGGAGAUUCAGCCUUUGUUGGCAUCGUGGAUACAGAUAUGACCGUUGCAGAAUUCAAGCAGAAGUUGCAAGCAAACACCGGCAUCAAUGUUGGCUGGCAAGUCCUUUUGCUAGGCGAUGGACGCGAGCUGGAGAGUGAGCAGAAGUUGGCAGCAUACUCUGGCGAAAAGUUGGAGAAGUUGGAUCUUCAAUUGCAAGUCUUCAAAUUCCGGGACUUGUGCCGUGCCGCAGUCAGCACAGACAAAUAUGGUGCAACUUUAUCUUUACUGCAGGAGGCACAGCGAGGUGACUAUGCGGUCUCCUGCGUGGCUGCCUACAACUUGGGUUUGAAAUGUUCGGAAUCGGAACAUAUCAUUUCGUUACAGUUGCUCGCGCAGACACUGCCACUGCAGCCUGCUUGCCAGCUGGUCGUGAAUGCCAUCGCCACGUCCUCGGCGGGACUCCGACAUCAAGCAGCGAUUGAGUUUGCACGGAUCUUUCAUGAAAGUCCCGAGAGUGCAGAAUGCUUGGAAUUGGCCUGCAACAAGGCUCUUGCCGCCAAUUUUUCCAGAUCUGACUUGGCGCAGAAGCUUUUCCAUCACCUGAAAAAGAGAAAAUUCCCUCCGCGGCCUGUCCCGUACUCUGGCACUCAGAUUUGCCUGGCACACCGGGAUCCAGUGACAGUAGGUCGAGAACAUUUGGCAAAGUACAUAGAUUUUGCCAAGUCACUGCCAGCUGGCUGGCAUUACAAGACGCUCACCCCAAUCACCCAGGGCUUUGAUAUUGAAACACACUUGAGAAGAGAAGCGCAGGAGGCUGCAACCAAGUCAAACAUGGAUGUUUCUCUCAUAUCAAAGUGCCUCACAUGGUCUAUGACUUCCAGUUCAGCUGGGCGCUUUGUUGCCGUAUUUCUGGAACCUUCUCGCCUAUUUGCGGAAAAGAAUGAACAGAUGUCAGACGCGGACAUCUUUUGCGGCAUUGCUGAGCACCCACGAAUACCGGCCGAGUUCACCCGGAUGGCCUUGGAAUGUGCUGCUCGCUUGUCAGGUCGGAGCCAUAGAAGGGCGCUGGCAGCUGCAUGCUGGUGUGCUGGUCACAAAGAUGCUGCAGUUCGCGAACAGGCACUGGAGGUACUGCAGUGUGUGGGCCAGGUGGGCGACCUGCCAGCAAUUCAAAGCAUGCUGCAAAACUGGUGGGGCCCCGAUUCUCGUCGAAUCAGCCAAGAGAUCGAACGUUUCUGCACCUGCAGCUAA